CCAUCGACUACGGCCGACCGCCGAGCAAGUGCAACAGUUUCGUUUGUUCAGUCAUACUAAACUGUAGUGGGUUUAGGUUAUUUUUUUUCCUCGGCUCGCGAUGAGUACAUUUACAUCGUAUCGCCGUCGUGUCUUUAUCAGCUUACUUAUGCAUUCGUCUACACAAUCCACGCGUCUUGUCAUUAUUUCAUUUUGAAUUUUUUAUUUACCCGUUUAAUAUCAAGUAUAUAUAUUUUUUUUAUAAUUUUUUUUAAUUUCAUUUUAAACUUGACGUCUCUCAAUGUUUGCCGCCAAACCGUUUAGCCAAAGAACCAGAAACGAAUUAACCACGACGAAGACAAUAUCUUAGGUUUUAUUGAACGCAACAAUACGUUACAUUAUGGUAAUGGAGAUAUAAACAUGGGGGAACAACACAUAAGAAGUCACCGACACAGUUGGUGGCCACCAAGACCGCCAUGGUUAACGCUGAUGUCGGUAUCACUAUUAGUGAAUUUGGCGUAUACUUCAAUAACCUGUGGCCCGGGUUUUAAAUCAGCUGGAGUAACCUUUCCGAGGGGUGAUAUUGUCAUUGAAUACGGCUCCGGCACCCCCUUGGAAAUCACGUGCGUCUUAGAUCCCGACAACGAAAAUGUUCAAAAUCUGUUUCGGAAUGACACCACCGGCGGCGGUGAAGCUAAAACGCCGAGCCAGCGGAUCCUGUUCUACAAGAACGCCGAACGCGUGUCCAGACAGUACAUGACGAUUAUCAACGCAACGGCCGCUCAAUUGCGCAUCUCCAAUCCACCGGCUGGCCGAGAUACCUAUUAUUGCGUGCUGUUACUUGACGACCAACUUGGUCUAAACCACAGCUAUGACAACAUGAGUACUGCUCAGUUGUUAUCCACACCGUCAAGUGAUUCGUCGACAUUUCCCACCCCGCCACCAACGAGCUUGGAAACUAGUGGUCCACCCUCGCUGGUGUCACAAACCUCCGAGGUCGGGGUGUGUCUCAACAGCGUUGCCGUUGGAUAUAAACCUGGCCCAAUUACAAAUUUUUCUUGUAUAUCCGACAAUUGGGUAAGUUUGACAUGCAAUUGGACCAAACCUGAGAACCCAAUUAAAACGUCAUAUAAGUUAUUCUUCAGAUUACCUGGUCGUGCUGGAGGCAGAACUAUUAUAAAUUGUCCUAAGGAUUCAGAUUCCAGAGAAAAUACUUGCUAUUGGGAUUUUUCCACCACGCCAAUAUAUAGGCAACCAUACGAAUAUUACUACUUUACAUUACUUGGCGAUAACGUAUUGGGAAAUUCAACUACACCCAUACGUUUUCAUCAUUACGCCAAUGUUAUUCCCGCAAGCCCUAUUAAUAUUACAGUGGUGGAUAAAACACAAUCUAGUGCCAUGCUUAGGUGGUCUGUAGGCACAAUGACCGCUUUUCCGCGAGAACUAAUUCAUAAGAUCGAAUAUAAGUCUCAAUGGGAUUCUAAUCCUGAACAUUGGCAUUCUGUAAAUGUGAGUGACGUUUGUAAUUCGUCAUCAACUUCCAAUCAAACCAAUUCUUAUUCGAAUUGUCGAGAACGUGACACUGACUAUUAUUAUUUUAAUGUAACUGAAUUAAAAUACCCUUUCACGCAUUACGAUUUUCGCAUAUAUGUACGUUCUUCAGUUGCUCGUGGGGAGGAUAAAUGGUCUCCUCCUGGUUGUAUAACUUUGAAAACCAAGCCUUCAAUACCUAGAAGACCUCCACGAACUGAUGUUGGAAGCUUCGAGUGUGUUACGUCACCAGUUGACAAAUCCAAAAGAGAUGUGUUUAUUUAUUGGCAAAAUAUUGAAGACAACGAAAAAUGUGGCGAUUUAUUUGAGUAUUUUGCUUACUAUACUUCCACAACUGCAGAUAACAAAACAAUUAUUCACCGCAGUAAUGAAACAUACAAGAAUUAUGCCAAGUUUGAAGGACUCAGUACCGACAUUGGGUACAAUUUUACUGUGUAUUCAUCAAAUAAAGAAGGUUUAUCAACCGAGUAUUCGACAAUUUUCGUUCCCAAUGAAUCAGACAAACUUGACGAACCGCUAUCAUUUACGAAAAUGGCAUUUGAUGAACGAGGUGUAUUUGAACUUUCGUGGAAAAAUGCCAGUAGUCAAAAAUUAUUAGCAUCUAAUCAAGUCAAUGAUUAUACUAUAUUUUGGUGUGAAAAUGAUAAGGACCGUCCAUACCAAUGCAAUGGUUACAUGAACUGGAUGCAUAUACCAAGUUCAGAAUCUUGCUACAAUAUUACUGUAUCCGAUCAUAUGAAAAUUUAUCAAUUUGCAAUAAGCGCUAACAGUCAAAGCUCACUAAAGACCGGUGUUAUUAGUCUUUAUCAACCCAUUUCUAUUAGUAGUGGGAUGGUAUGGGCCUCAUGCACAGUACUACAUAAUAAAAUCGUUGGAAAAAUAAAAAACGUCUGGGUAAAUAUGAUUAGCUCUACAUCUAUGGAAUUGAGAUGGAAACUUGACUGCUCUGAUAGAAUAGGCGCAGUUCUAGGAUUUCGUAUAUUUUACUGUCCUGUAGUAUCCAUAAAUAAUUCUGCUUGUAAAGAACCUAUGUUAAAUAAGACCGUUAGUGGUGAGAUGGCACAAGACAGCAGAGGAAUUGCAAGCAUUACAGAUCUCAAGUCAUAUACUACAUACAUGGUUACCAUUGCAUUAAUAACAAAACAUGGCGAAGGGUUACAUAGCGAUCCUUUGCUCAACACCACUCUAGAAGGAGCACCCGAUAUUCAAAACCUAAUAAUAAAUGUCACGAAAUUGACCAAUACGACCGUGUCUCUUCAGUGGUUGCCUCCUAAAUUCACUAAUGGUGUUGUUCGUUACUACCAUAUUCAUUAUUAUUUGGAUGAUAUAUUACAGCAGCAGGACUUGAUUGAUUCAUUUGAUGAACAGCAAGUCAUAAAUGAACAACGCCGUAUUACGGUUCACGACACAAAGUGUCGUUUGGAUCACCUUGAAAGUUACAGAAGCUAUACAAUUACCAUCACAGCAUGCACAACAGUUUGUUCAGAGCGUUCACUUCCCAUAAAAGUUCGAACAGCUGUGGGGCUGCCAGGAAGGGUUUCUCAGCCGAAUUUGUUUUACGAAAACAGCACUAGGAUAGCUGUAUCUUGGCCGAAACCCGUGAAACCGGCCGGUCCGGUUGAUUAUUAUGAAUUAAUUGUAGCGCAUCACAGUGGACCAACAAAUUCGCAAACUACAAACAGCGGUUCAUCUUCGCCCACCGCUUUGGCUUCCACACAAAUACAGGAAAAUCCGAACAAUUUCUUGUACCACAGCAAUUCUAACGUGUUCCGUGUUCCUGUUCCGGAUUGUAAUAAUGAACAGGAUAAGGGCCAACAAACUUUUUCAUUUGCAGUACGAGCUGUGAAUAACAAUCCACUUGAUCCUCAUAGGCCAUAUUAUGGUCAGUGGUCGGUUCCUGGGUCGGUCAGUUGUGUGUUACCAGGUCUUCCUCUAGCGCUUCAUUUAGUCAUAUGGUCAUGUUUGUUCAUCGUUUUGUCCACCGUUUCCACGUACUGGGGUAACAGACUCUGGAGAAAAUACAAAGUUAUGCAUAAUGUAGAAGUGGUUCUACCACCCACCUUGAACAUAAAUUUUAAAUUUGACCAUUACAACAACUUUGGUGAAAACGUAUUGGAAUCGGGUCAACACUAUUACGUAGAGGACGGACACAUAAUAUACGAAAACGCGCCGGCCGACGUUGACGCCACCACAAUAGCGUUCUACAACGGAAAUUCGAACGUGUCGUCCGGGUCCAACCGCCGCAAAAACAGUAGCGCCAAUGCCAGUAGUUCUGAGCGUCUGCCGUCGUCCCGAUGGAGUCCCGCGACGGCAUCGACGACCGUUACGGUGGCCGACGACGAUGAUUCUUCGUCCAGCAAACAUCAACUCAUAAUGCCAUCGUCAUUACCAAAAACGAAGAGUGAGAGUCUAAGCGACGGAAACAGCGUGAAAAGCCACGAAGAUGAAGUGCUGGAGGUGGUUCCACCCACCGAACCAGUCUUGCCGUUCUUUUCGUUGCCCGCCACGCCAACGAUAACAACUGCUGCAACGACUGGCAAUACGAUGGUGGAACUGCGCAGCAGCAUCAUCCGUAACGGUAACGGUUACCCGAGCACCAGUAAUGGAUACCAGAGCAGCGGUAAUGGAUACCAGAGCACCGGUGGUAAUGGCCUCCAGAGCACCGGUGGUAAUGGCCUCCAAAGCACCGGUGGUAAUGGCUACCAGAGCACCGGUGGUAAUGGCUACCAGAGCGCCAGUGUUAAUGGAUACCAGAGCAGUGGUUAUGGUUAUCAAACCAACGGUAACGGUUACCAGGGCAGCAACAUCUGUCAGAGCGUCGCGAAAAACCGAUUCGUUGGCGACAGUCGCGGUGACGGUGUUGUUGCCCCUGCGGCGGUCAUCAGUUGUUUCGUGGGCGACCAGAGGCAGUCGAACGACAAAAAUCUCCGGCGGUGUGGCGGUGGUAACCCGUCACCCGCUGCAGACGUUGCGAGGGAAUUUUUAUUUCCCGCUGCGGAAACUGUCACUGACGAAACCCGCUCACACCACGAACAGGAAAGUGAACUGCUGCCUUAUCGUAUCGACGAUAAACAACAAUCGCAACGAGUGCCGCAAAAAAAUCGACACGACGGCUAUUGUGGCAAACAAAUGAUGAUCGCAGCGGCCGCAGCUUCUGGUGUCCCCAACGAUCUUGGCCGAGUCAACGGCGGCGGGGAAACCACACCAAGCCAACAACAACAGCUACCGCUGCCGCCGCUACCGUCCACACCGCCAUACCUUCAACAACAACCAAAACGGCUGCAAUCGCCGCCACCGCCGCCACCACCACCCCCGUCACCGGCACAACAACUGCCGUCGACGACGACGCUUCUCGCUUCGAGCACGGCGUACGUCAUGUUGGACAUGGUGACCGCAGCGGCCGAGAAAAAACGGCUCCUGCACAUGGGCGGCGGCCGAAUAGACUUUGGCAAACCCGUCGUCGUCAUCCAACAACCGGGCGUGUCGGUUGACGCCGGUUGCGGUACUUCCUCUGCUCACAUAUGAACUCAGUUGCAGUAAUCGCGCUCUAUUUAUAAUAAAAUUAUGUUUUAUGUCCAUUAAAAAUCAAUGAACACAUUUUUCCGGUUAGUUAGUUAUAGUUAUUAUGCGAUCAUCAUAAUAAUUAUAUUACCAAAUUAAGUAUAAAAACCCGAACUGUUAAAAAACAGACUUGUCAUUGUAAACAUUUACAGUUUUGGAGUUCAGGAGAUUGUAAAUAAUAAAUUCCAACAUCGAAGUGACCACAUAGUAUUAUAAUAAUAAUAUUGUAAUAUACGAUACCGACUCCUCUCUGAUGUACAUAUUAAAUUAUUAUUAUUUUUUAUAAAAAUAUACCGCCACCGCCCUAAGUGUAUAAAAUAAUAUUAUUAUUUAUUAUAGUUAAUUAUAAUAAUUAUAGGUUGGUGAAUAAAUAAACAAUUAGAUAUGCACGCCUAACACACAUAAUUAUGUGAAAAAUGCUCAAUCAUUUUUAAAAAUGUAGUGUACGUUAGUGAGUAGGUAGUAAACAGCUGUCUAUCAAUAUGUAAUAUUAUGUUUGACAAAUGCCCGCGCGUUCGAUUAGUGUUAUUGUAUAAUAGCAAUCGGUUAUAAUAAAAAUGUUGAAUAUAUCAUGACGAAAUUAAUUUUGAAACACGUCCGAAUUGAUUGAACAGUGGCAGUGUUUUUUUAAAUUUAUUUUUUAAAUGUAUUUUAAUUAAUAUCUUAACGUCACUGAUCAAAGCACUAAUAUACAAUUUAAUCAUAGUUGUAGUUGUUAUAAUAUACGGUUAUAAAUACUUAAUAACUUUCAAAACAAAUAGUGGUGUAUACGCACACACAUAUAUAUACUGUAUAUGAGUGUGUAUGUGCCAAUAUAAUAAUUAUCACAUACCUUUGUUCUUAUGGACAAGUAAAUCAUUUGUUACGUAUAAAAAUUGGUAUUUGGUGGAGGGUCUCAAACUUUUGUUGUACAUUAAGUUAAAUAGCGCUCAAUUAAUUGUGUUCAGUCAGCGGUAUUAGUACUAUAGAAGUAGUAUACACAAGCACUAAUUAUAUGAAUUUAAAUUAUACGGGGUUUUUUUUUAUUGUGAGAUUUUAUAUAAGUCUGUUGUCAACGACGGCUUUUGUUGGUCCAAUCGUUUUUGACGAAAAGUGAGAGAAACGUAUCAGUGUUUGUUACACUUAUAGGUACAUACAUACAUACACACACAUAUACACAUACACAAAAUGUGUUACUUUAAAAGAUUAUUGUUUGAAUUUCAUACUUUGAAAAAAUUUUGUUUUUAUUUAUAUCUUUUAAAACUUAUCUAUUGUAAUUUGUAUUUCUUUAAAUGUUUAUUGUUUUAUAAUAACAUUAUAUUUUAUUUUUAUAUUUAUUUUAUUUUAUUUCUAGGUAUAUAUUAUAUAUAAAUUAUAUAUUUUUUUUAUUAUUAUUUGAAAUAAUUAGAAUAGUAUUUUGUUUUGUUUAUACUUUAUUAUUUUAUUAUAUUAUACUUGUAUAAUAUACAUGUAAUAUUGUCAUGGUGCCAUAAACAUUGAUAUUGAAAUUAAAUAUUAAUAAUAUUAUC